CCAACCCCCCGCCCGCUGCCUCGGAGCCGCCCUCGCCAGGAAAGGGACAGCAGCAGGUGACGAGGGGCCGGCCGCGGGGCUAUAAAUAGGGGCGCGCGUCAGCCGCGGGCGGGCACGGGGCGGCAGGCAGGGGCCUGGAGGCGGCGGACGCGGGGCAGAGGCGCCAUGGGGUCGCGGAGGGUCCCCACCCGGGGCUGGGGCGCGGGCGGACGGGCCGGGACCGGGGGCGACGGUGAGGACGAAGGGCCCGUGUGGAUCCCCAGCCCCGCCAGCCGCAGCUACCUGCUGAACGUGCGGCCUGAGGCCAGGCCCUGUGGCCCUCAGGUUUCUGGCAAUUCGAGGCUCAAGAGAGGAGAAAGACCCCAACUUUUGAGCUUAUCAAGCAACCAGUUGUCUCACCCCAGCUCUGGAAGGAGCACCUUCUGCUCCAUCAUUGCUCAGCUAACAGAGGAGACCCAGCCGCUAUUCGAGACCACACUCAAGUCCCGGGCUGUGUCCGAGGACAGCGACGUCAGGUUCACCUGCAUUGUCACAGGAUACCCAGAACCCGAAGUAACCUGGUACAAGGAUGAUACAGAAUUGGACCGCUACUGUGGCUUGCCAAAAUAUGAGAUCACUCGUCAGGGCAACCGCCACACUCUGCAGCUGUACAGGUGUCAAGAAGAAGACGCCGCCGUCUACCAGGCCUCUGCCCGAAACAGCAAGGGCAUUGCAUCCUGUUCGGGGGUCCUGGAGGUGGGCACCAUGACUGAGUACAAGAUCCACCAGCGCUGGUUUGCCAAGCUGAAGCUCAAGGCUGCAGCAAAGCUGCGUGAGAUCGAGCAGAGCUGGAAGCAUGAGAAGGAGGCAGUGGGGGAAGCCGACACCCUGCGCAAGCUCAGCCCUGACCGUUUCCAGCGAAAGCGCAGGCUGAGUGGGGCUGAAGCACCAGUCCCCUCAGCCCCUACCAGGGAGGCCGAGGGUGGGGCCCUGGCAGCUCAGCAGAAGGGAGAGACUGAGUCUGCCCAGCACGCAGGUUUGGGCCUGAUCAGCAGUUUUACUACUGGAGAGGUGACUACAAAUGGGGAGGCUGUCCCUGAGAAUGGGGAGGACGGUGAGCAUGGCUUGCUGACAUACAUCUGUGAGGCCAUGGAGCUGGGAUCUCAGAAACCCCCCCAAAAGGAGUCUGGGGCCAAGAAGAAAAAGAAAGGUGAAGAAUCUAAGCAAGGUCUACAGAAUCCAGAGUUAGAGAAGGCUGCCCGAAGCCACCGUUCUUCAGAAAACCGUAUCCCCAGUUUGGACAAGCCUGACUCUCGCAAGACACAGGAGUCCAUGGGCAUGAAGCAGGCUCAGACCCAGCCUAGAGGCAGGGCUGCACAGGGGCCUGGGUCCUCUGGGCCAGAGAGUGCUAGGGAACCAGGCUCUGCUGUGGGCAUUCAAGACAAAGCCUGGGGAGGCUCUGCUCCAGCACCUGUCCCAGGCCCAGAUCAGGAAGGGUAUUUCUCCCUUAAGGACAUGUACGUGGAGAGCACCCAGGCAGUCAGGCUUCAGGGAGACAGAGGGCCCCACCCCCCAAGUAUUGAGGCACCUGGAGAGGACUCCUCAGGGAAGGCACUCAACAAGGCUGCAGGUGGGGAGGUGCCUGCUGUUCCUGGCCAGCCCACCCCCUCCAAAGUUCCCCAACCAACUAGGCCUUUCAACAGGAAGAGAUUUGCCCCUCCAAAGCCCAAAGCAGAGUCCACCUCUGACAGCAAGCUCAUUUCUUCCCUGAAUCAAGUUCCAGAACUUGAGGCCCAGAGCUCAGGGAAGACCCCACCUCAGGCCUCUGCCGAGGUGCCAACACCUCCUGCCCGGCGGAAACACAGAACCUGGGACAGCCCUUCACAGGGGCAAGCAGGCCUCAGGACUCCAGGAGGAGGCCUAGAGUCCCAGGCAACUGUGGCUCCUACCCUGCCUGCUAGCAGCAGCCCUAACGUAGCCUCUGUUGGCUGUAGCACCUCCAGAAGUCAAAGUGCCAUCGACCCCAUGGAUAUGGAAACCCAGGAGGAUGGGAGAACGUCUGCUGACCAGGCAGCUGGAGGCAAGAAGAAUAUGCAGGCAGCUGGGAAGGUGCAGGUGGAUGGAAGGACCCAGGGAGAGCAAGCACAGACAAGGCAGAGGACACAGGCAGACAGCAAGGUGCGGGCAGGUGUUGGGACACAAGAUGGUGAGAGGCCACAGUCAGGCAGGAGCUCACAGAAGGAUGUGGGUGUGGUGACACAGAGAAGGAUGGAGACACAGGCAGAAGAUAAGACAAUAUGGGAAGGCAGGAGGGCACAGGCAGGUGGCAGGAUGCAGGAAGACAGAUGGGUACAGGAAGAAAAGGGGACUCAGUCAGAGGGGACUGUACCCAUAGCCGUGAAAGUUCAGUCAGAGCAGGAGGCCAUGACCAGCCUCAGCCCACCACCCAAGGCACCUUCAAAGGGUCCUCAGUCUCCUCAGAUCAUUGAGUGUUUCACGCAGACUCCAGAAGGGUCUUGUGUCCCUGAAAAACCUGGUUUCAUGCCCAGAUCUGAGGAGGCAGCAGCCACAGCUUCCAGGAACCAUGAGGAGACUGUGCGGGGUCCCCUGUCAGGGAACCUCAUGCUCCCAUCACAGCUGCCUCCUGCAGGGAGCUUGGAGCAGGUGGGAGGAGGCACACAGCAAGGGCCAGACCUGUUUGGGCCAGUCACCGCUGACACACACAGCAGCCUAUUCCAGUACCCUGAGGAGGAGCAGCCAGGGGGAGCAUUGUGCAUGGAUCUGGGUGGCUGUCCUCCAGCUGGCCUGUGCCAGGAGGUACCCCCUGUUCCCCCUCCUCCUGGGACUACCCUGACCAAUAGCCCCAAGAAGGGACUGCCCAGCACCCUGACUUCUCAGUACAUGAGCACAGCUGCCUUCCUGCCCUCCGAGGACCAGGCCUUGCGGAAUUCUGCCUCCACACUGCACCUGGGGCCGGGGACCCCCACUCAGAGUCACCCAUCAGAAACCAUGGCCACCAGCAACAAUGGGACCAGUGUCAACGCUCCAGAUGUGGAGGAGGGGACCCCAAGCCCCCGGAGCUGUGACCCUGGCCUCAUAGAUUCCCUAAAGAACUACUUGCUUCUGCUGCUGAAGCUAUCUACUGCAGAGACAAGUGGAGCCGGGGUAGAGAUCCAAGCAGGUGCUGCCACUGGAGGUCUGGAGCCAUCGUCCACUCUGGUCCCCACUGUGGAAGUGGCUGGGCUGAGUCCCCGGACAUCAAGGCGCAUCCUGGACCGUGUGGAGAACGAUCACUUGGUGCAGAGCGCACAGACGCUGCUGCUGAGCCCCCGCACCACUCGCCGCCUCACAGGCCUCCUGGACCGUGAGGUGCAGGCUGGCCACCAGGCCCUGGCUACUGGCCGGGGGUCCCGAGGUACUGGCCUCAGCCUCCUCGCUGUCCCUGCCAUCGUGGUAGGUGAGGAGGGCCCCGGGCUGGCCUCAGAAAGAUCCAGGGAAGAUGAGGGAGAGGUUUCCCUGGAGGGGCCUGGCCUCAUGGAGGCCUUCCAGGAGAGCAGCAUGGCAGGGCCGCUGGUGGAGACAUGUGGGCAGGCAGUCCCUGGGCAGGGACUGCUCUCAGUAGAGGUGAGAGCCCAGGAACCCUCCCAAGAAGAAGAGUUCCCAGGGGAGGCUCCAACAGGUCUCCCUGCAGCUACACCUGAGGAACUGGCCCUAGGGGCACGGAGAAAGAGGUUUCUCCCUAAGGCCAGAGCUGUGGGAGAAGUGGAGGCACCCAAGCCUGAGGAAAGGGAGAGCCCCAAGGUUUCCCCUCGGGGUUCCAGGAAAAGCCUGGCACCCGGGUCCCCGGGGACUCCAGAGCGGGAGAAACGCUCUCCCACCCAAGGCAGAAAGGUGGGUAUGCUUGAGGUGCCACAGACAGAAGAGGAGCCGGCAGCAGGAGGCCUGGGUCCCAGCCCCAAGGCCAUUGGUCUGGAUGCAGAGCUGGCCCUGGAUGAAAGCAAACAGGAAGCUCUGGCCAAGCCCAGGAAAGCCAAAGACCUGCUGAAGGCCCCACAGGUGAUCCGGAAGAUUCGAGUGGAGCAGUUUCCCGAUGCCUCAGGGAGUCUGAAGCUCUGGUGCCAGUUUUUCAACAUUCUCAGUGACUCAGUCUUGACAUGGGCCAAGGACCAGCGCCCUGUGGGUGAGGUGGGCAGGAGUGCAGGAGAUGAGGGACCGGCAGCCCUGGCCAUUGUGCAGGCGUCCCUUAUAGACUGUGGCCUAUAUCGAUGUACCAUCCACAACGAGCAUGGCUCAGCCUCCACUGACUUCUGCCUCAGCCCUGAGGUAUUGUCAGGAUUCGUCUCCAGAGAAGAAGGUGAAGUUGGAGAAGAGAUUGAGAUGACCCCCAUGGUGUUUGCUAAGGGUCUGGCUGACUCUGGCUGCUGGGGGGACAAACUCUUUGGGCGACUGGUGAGCGAGGAGCUCCGAGGGAGUGGACACGGGUGUGGCCUCCGGAAGGCCUCCCAGGCCAAGGUCAUCUAUGGGCUGGAACCCAUCUUCGAGUCAGGCCGCACAUGCGUCAUCAAAGUGUCCAGCCUGCUUGUGUUUGGGCCCAGCAGCGAGACUUCUGUCCUGGGCAGAAACUACGAUGUCACCAUCCAGGGGUGCAAGAUCCAGAACAUGAGUCGAGAGUACUGCAGAAUCUUCGCAGCUGAAGCCCGCGCUGCACCUGGCUUUGGGCCAGUGCCCGAGAUCAUCCCACUGUACCUGAUCUACCGGCCUGCAAACAAUAUUCCAUAUGCUACCCUGGAGGAGGACCUGGGCAAGCCCCUGGAGUCUUACUGUUCCCGGGAAGGGGGCUGCACUUGGGCUCCAGCAGCAUCCAGCAACUUUGAGGUCAUGCAGAAAUGCCAAACCUUCCAGCACUGGCUGUAUCAGUGGACAAAUGGCAGCUUCCUUGUCACAGACUUGGCAGGGGUUGACUGGAAGAUGACUGAUGUGCAGAUUGCCACCAAACUGCGAGGAUAUCAAGGCCUCAAGGAGAGCUGUUUCCCUGCCCUGCUGGACCAGUUUGCCUCGUCCCACCAGUGCAACGCCUACUGUGAGAUUCUGGGGCUGACGGCCCUCAAGAGCCCUGAGGCUGUCCACCCUCAAGCCAAGGCCAAAGGCUCUAAGAGUCCAUCUGCUGGCAGAAAGGGCCCCCAGCUGAGCCCUCAGCCUCAGAAGAAAGGCCUCCCUAGUCCACAGGGCACCCGGAAGAGCGCCCUGAGCUCCAAGGCCACCCCUCAGGCCUCAGAGCCAGUCGCCAUCCAAUUGUUGGGACAGCCUCUAGCCCAAGAGGAGGGCUUCGAGGCUCAGGGCAGGCGGUAGCCCCACCAAGAGGCUGGGGGCCUCCACCCAGCAGCUCCCCAGCCAGGAAGCAGCUGGGACUGGAUCGAGACGUUCCUUACAGAGAAGUGCAGGAGGAGGCACUGGGGCUCUGCACAGCCUGUCCGACAGCUCCUCAUCACAUAGCUUCAGUGCAGCCAGAGAAGGUGCACUAGGAGGCACCACUGGGGCUCUGCACAGCCUGCCAGCAGCUCCUCAUCAGACGGCUUUCGUGAACGGCACGCAGCCCACUGGCGUCUUAUGCUGCCAUCAUCACUGGGGCUCCCAGGCCUCAAGUGGGCUACCUCCACGUGCCUGGUGACCUAGCCCUCCUCCAAGUUUACACUCACCGAAGCUGGGGUCCCUUGGGGUCCCCUGAGUCUUCUGCAUGAGUCCUGCAUCCAGCCCCUCGCCUCAGACUCAUCUCACAGUGAAUGUUGUGCUCUGGGGACACCCAGGCCCACCUGACCCUCUUCUUCUCGCUUGGCCCUGAUCUCUCUCCCUUCCUCGGGGCUCCAUGCUUCCUCUGCUGGGUCUGACCAGUGAUUCUCAGGAUGUCUUCUCCUGCCCCCUACUUUGGCUUAUUCAUCCCAGCUUACCCUGGAACUAACAUACAACUGAGCCCACAUGGGGCUCAGGGCCCUCCCACAGCCUGUCAUGUUCUUGUGCGGUGGUCUCUGAAGUGUGCUCAUGCUAUCGCCUCCCUUCACUCACUGCUUUCUGGCCCCCUUUGCCCCCUUGCACCACCCUCCUCCCAGGCUUUGAGUCCAAGUUCCUCCACUGCCUGCCCUUCACAAAGGGACUUCCCUUGUCCCUUUGCCUGAGGGUUACCCUUGCCUUAACCCCACACCCUGCCCAAGUGAAGAAUAGUCCCUCUGGGAUCUUGCUCCACCCUAGUCCUCUCCUCUCUGCAACUCCCAGGCUCUGUGCUCAUGAGGUGAGAGCAGCCACGAGGUUGUGUCAGCAACCAGGCUUUGGGGGUGACUUUGAGGAGCCCUAUGCUGCAUCCCCUUUCACUGAGGGACAGGGCGCUGAACUCCUCACCAUGAAGGUUACCCCUGUGUGGCCUAGGAAGGACACAGUGCAUCUGUGCACUUGGGUGCAGGGCUGUCUCAGCACCUGGAAAUUAGGGCCCGUGUCCCCAACCGUUAGCUCUUAAUCCGAGGACUUCAGCUCUAGCCAGUGUAUGGGCUCCCAGGGAACUUCCAUGCAGGCCCCAGCAGCCUGGCUUCUUCCUGAGCAUCCCUCCGUGAGGCCUGGGGUGGGGUAGGUCUGGAAUGCAAGGAAGGCAGCAACUGUCCAUUCCCCUUGCCCUCAUCUGGUGCCGUGCUGGCUCUCUAAAGAUGUCCUCUAGUCCCUGGGCCCACCAGAAGAUUGAAUCUACAUUUUGGCUCCUGGACUUAGGUUGAGUCUUAGCUUCUGUGGCCACAGCUAGAGCCCAUGCUUCUUACACAGCUGGGCUGAUGGCUUGUGCCCCUCAGAGGGUACCUGGGGCCUAUGCCUUUGGAAGAAGAACACAAAGGAAGACACUCAGGAAGGAAGAGCAGAGCUGGGGGCUCUGCAGAAAUGCUCUGUGUCCCUGGCUGCCUGGGUUCCCACAAGACCAUCCUGGAGCCCCGUGGCACCCGCCUCUCAGCUCUGCACUCUUUCUUGCCUCUCAGUUGCAGAGAAGCUUCUAAUUCCCUUUCCCCUUCCCUCCCCAUUGGGGCCUCCACUGCCUGACAUGUCCCUCUAUUCUCACAUUUAUAACUUGUCUACCUCCUCUUGUGCUCAGGUGAUGCCUCACUUUUUCCUCUUGCCUCAGUGUGAUCCCAGUUCUCCCAGCCUGCAAAUUGAGAUUACUUUGGUGAACUGAGAA